GAGUCUACCUUCACGUGGUUGUUCACUGCUGCACAUGCUGCAGCUUUUUUGGCCUGGUCAAUCAAAUCCAUUGUUGAGGAAUGCCCAACUCCGUUUGUUGUAGCCAGACGACACAACCGUUCUGUAGAAAUGCAUGCAUUCCGGAUGCAAUUCUUCGCUGGGUUAAUUGCACUGUUCGCCAACAUUUGUUGUCUCGAAUUCUCACUGGUUUUGAACAAUUAACACGGAAGUCAAUCAGGCGCGGAUUCAGAAAGACCGCUUAAGUUGCCAUAAAAUAGUUACACGAUCAUCUUACAGGAAGGGCCAACCGGGCAGUGCAGCGACCGUGUCCGUAUCGCGAUCGUUUAUGUGCAAAAGUUCACUACGCCCGUGACAUUUAUUCACUAGCUUAAGCUGUUAAGUCCAUGUGUGAUAAUAAUUAUCAAUUCCGAGAUUGACUAGAAGUGAUUAGAACUUGUUUUUACAAAUAUGGCUGAUUCUGUGUCAGCAGCGCUUCAAGAUUGUCAGAAUAAGGUUGACUCUGGAAUGAAGUCCCUGCUAAAUGACUUAGAUAAUACAGUUCUUCGUAAAUUACAGAAAGAGAUGUAUCUGUGCAGUGCAAGAUGCUGUGAUCAGUUAUCAGGAGAUCGACAAGGGUGUAUACAGAGAUGCCAGCAGCCAGCUCAGCAGACUGAAGAAUAUGUGCAGAAAGAAUUAACAGAUUUCUUGGACCGGCUCCAGAGGUGCACGCUGCAAUGCCAAGAUGAAGCCAAGGACAAGAUCCGAGACAAUAUGUCAUCUUCUGACGAGGCCAAGGUACGCAAGAACCUAGAGGGCUGUCUGGUCAAAUGCGGGGACAAGCACGUCGCCAUGUUUCCCGCCCUGAAGACGCGAUUGUCAGAUCACGUCAGCAAGUUUUUAUGAAACAUAACUGUAGAAAUAUAGUGUAACAAAUUUUACAUAUUCUACAAAUAUUGCUCAGGGGGCAUUUCAUGAAAGUUGUCAGCACUGAUGUUAGCGCUGACAAUUUCAGUGAAAUCCUUGGUUUUGAUUGGCCUAUGAUUGUUACUAUGGUAACUGGAAGAAAGACAACUUGUCAGUGCUGACAACUUUCAUGAAAGUCCUCGGAUAUAAGGAACUAGAAAUUAUAUUUUUCAAAGUAAACACUUUAAAGUAAUAUAUCUGAUUCCUUAUAUUUUUUGUCCAUUUUCAAAAGGAAACAACUCUGUAGAAUGAGCAUUUCAAGUAAAAAAUUAUUUGUUUUUACUUAAGAAAGUCUAUGGAGUUGUUUCAUUUUGAUCAUUUUUAUAUGGUUCAAGAAAGGAAAGAAAGUAUCUUGUUGAUAUUUUAAUCAUGUUUUUUCAUCACUGCACGCUAUGAGGGUGCUAUAAUUGUUAUGCCCUUUUAGACCCUUUCACACAAAGGUUAAGAUCAAUUGUAAAUUGUCAUGUUUAAUGUUGGUAUAUUUAAAUAUUGUCAUUUUAUCCUUAACUAUUGUCGUAUUGAAUGAAAAUGAAGUCUGGCUGGAAUCACAAUAGACAGUUCAAAAGAUUUGAAGGAAUGUUAUAAUUUAGACUACUAUCACUUGCAUAACGAUUAAAUCCACUUGAAAAUUUGUGUGUACAGCACACUGUGAUAGUCAUUAAAAACUGGCUGAUAUAUUAUUUUUUAUGCUGAUUGUGUUUGAUUUGAAUUAGUUAAAGGGAAAUUAGGUAUAAAGAAAUUGUCCAUUAGCGAGACUAAUCCUUUUGUUAAAGGUCAAGUCCACCUCAGAAAAAUGUUGAUUUGAAUCAAUGGAGAGAAAUCAGACAAGAAUAAUGCUGAAAACUUUAUCAAAAUCGGAUGUAAAAUAAGAAAGUUAUGACAUUUUAAAGUUUGGUUUAUUUUUCACAUAAUAGUUAUAUGCACAAUUUAGUCACAUACAAAUGAGAGAAUCGAUGAUGUCCCUCACUCACUAUUUCUUUUGUUUUUUGUUUGAAUUAUACAAUAUUUCAAUUUUUACAGAUUUGACAAUAAAGACCAACUUGACUGAAACAUGAAAUGUUAAACAAUGGUAAUUCCACAUGUUCAGGGCGAAAUAAAACUUUGUGUCACAGGACAAUGAGGAGAAAACUAGAAUAUUUCGUAUUUCAUAUAAUAAAAUACUAAAGAAAUAGUGAGUGAGUGAUGUCAUCAGUUCCCUCAUUUGCAUACUGACCAGGAUGUGAAUAUAACUAUUUUGUGAAAUGAAGCGAAACUAAGAAAUGUCAUAACUUUCUUAUUUUACAUCCGAUUUUGAUGAAAUUUUCUGUGUUGUGCUUUUUGGAUUUUUCUCUUUUUAUUCAAAUACACUUUUUGUUGGGGUGGACUUGUCCUUUAAGAAAAACAUUAUGAAGCAAAAAUACUUUUAUUCAAGCUAUUGGAAAAUUUCUUUAAACCAUUCAAAACACCACCUACAUAUAAUAUAUGGGCCAGUUUUUAAUGAAAAUAUUAUAUAUUAAAAUUACAUACAUGUGCUAUACUCACAGAUUUCAGGUGACACUUUCACUUCUGCAAAUUUAUAUUGACCUUUACCUGCUUACUUCGCUCUCGUGCAACUUGGAUACUGUAUCAUGGUAUGUGUGUUAAUAUGAAUAAUUGAAAAUGUUGUUUCACUCUCGAAUGGAUGUAUGGCAGCAAUAAUCAACAAAUCAAGGGAAUAAUCAAAUUAGGGAAAUAUUGUUACUGCCACAUCAGUUUAAGGAUGAAAUAUUGUCUCUGUGUAAUUUAUCUAUUAAAGUAUGGUAUUCAAGUAUAGGUAAGACCCUCAAUGUUACAUUGUGGGAUGUGAGAAGUGCCACCAAGUUACCUGUUGGCAAUAAGGUGAAUGGAUGACCUAUGCAACCAAUAUAUUAUGCUGUAUUAAAACUAUUGAUAUGUUAAAGACAUUUAACAAAUAGAAAUACUUCUGACGCAUGAUAUAGAUUGUAUCUUAUUGUACAAGUUUACUUUAUUUCUAUGUACAUUGUACAAUAAUAAACUGUACAAGUAUAUUUAUCUAUACAGAAA